UUGGUUGGCACUUCUCUUCUUUGAAUGAAGCCUGGGCUACCUGCUGUGACCCUGCUCAGAGCGCAGACCUGAGGCUCAACACACAAACAGGCAGUCAGUGCCAACAGUACAGGAGAGGGAAGUGAAACAAGGUGACCACAGGCACGUCGCAGCUGUCCGAGCAGACAGUCACCAUGGCGGUUUAUUGGAGAUGGACCCUGGCCGUCCUGAUGGGGCUGGCCUCCUCACACAUGGAAGCCACCCCCACCUGGCACAUGAGCGACUUCAUCGCGGCGUUGGAGCAGCUGGAGCUCAGCCGCCCGGGGGCGGAGCCCUCCUCCCUGCUCCACCUUCUGACCCGCCCCGCUGUCCAAGAGAACCCCUUCCUCCGCAACAUCCUGGGGCCCCGCGCCGUCGCUCCACCGGGGGCCAAUGCCACCGCCCCGCCGGGGGCCAACGGCACCGCCUUGCCCCCCUACCUGGCCCGGGCGCUGGCCCACCGCGUGCGGCGGGACGGGAGGGAGGAGGGGGUGGUACUGACAGGGGACGGCACCACCGUGGCCCUGGGCCCCGUGCUGCUGGGCCUGGAGGCCGGCCUGCUGUCUGGGGCCCCCAGGGGUCGGGCCCGGGCCCUGUUCCAGCUGACUCUCGCCCAGCCGCUGGCCCUCGCCGCCAGGGCCCCCCCCGCCCCCCUGUUCCCUGACGGCUGCUGGGACAGCCCCGACUCCCCCAGGGAGUUCCGGCUGUCGGGGGUGUCCCUGGUGGGGCCCCGGGCCCUCACCACCGCCCUGGUCCACGGGGGGAUGGACGGGCUGGUCCUGGGGAUGACCCUGGCCUCGGCCCGGCCCCGGGGCGUGGCCUCGCUGAGCGGCCUGCUGAGGAGCUACUACGGCCUCCCGUUGAUCUCCACUGGAGCCCCAGGCCUCAGGGCCUCCCAGCGCAGGGACCACUUCUGGCAGCUGGUGGGGGAUCCCCCCCUGCUGGCCAAGCAGGUACUGCGGGCGCUGGACCUCCAGCUCCGACUGGAGGGUAGGCCCAAGAUGAAGAAAACCAAGAGGAACCAGCUGGUGGCGCUGGUCAACGCGCAGAUGAAGGAGUUUGUGCUCAGGUUCAUGGAAUGCCCCCCCAUCGUGCCGCGCUGCAUGUGGCAGGCGGCGCCGUACCGCGGGACCCCCACCCUGCUGGCCCCCCCGCUGGGCUUCCUGUACGUGCACCACACCUCCACCCCCGCGGCGCCCUGCCUCUCCUUUAAGCACUGCGCCGAGGACAUGAGGGCCAUGCAGCGCUUCCACCAGGACGUCCGGGGCUGGGACGACAUCGGAUACAGCUUCGUGGCGGGCUCCGACGGCUCGCUGUACGAGGGGCGGGGCUGGAAGUUGCAGGGCGCACACACACUGGGCCACAACGCCGUGGGCUACGGCGUGGCCUUCAUCGGGGACUACUCCUCCGCCCUGCCCGUCGACGGCGCCCUGGCGCUGGUGAGGGACCGGCUUGCAGGCUGCGCCGUGGCCACCGCCGCCCUGGUGGCCAACUACACGGUGCACGGCCACCGGCAGCUGGUCAACACCUCCUGCCCCGGAGACGCCCUGUACCGGGAGAUCAGCGGCUGGGAGCACUUUGGGAACGUCACCAGAGUGUAACACAUCUGCAGAAAAUCACUGAGGCCACAGAAGAUGGAUAAACCAAAAAUAAAAUACAAAAUUGUGCUGGAA